AUGGCGGCUGGCCAAGAGGCCCCCAAACGCCCAUAAAUAGCUACGGGCACUGUUGCUAAGCAACCCAGCUAUUCAGCGGAAGAAGAGUGGGAAGGCACUGCGUGGUGACAUCAUUGGCGGAAGCUCGAGCGGUAGAUGACUCAAAGGGAUAAGAAGAUUCUCACCCUAGUUUGACAAGAUAUUAUAAUUCAAUAUGGGGGAGCUUUUUCGGAGUGAAGAAAUGACGCUUGCACAACUGUUCCUUCAGUCUGAAGCAGCAUACUGCUGUGUCAGUGAAUUGGGAGAACUCGGGAAGGUCCAGUUUCGGGAUCUAAAUCCUGAUGUGAAUGUGUUCCAGCGUAAAUUUGUUAAUGAAGUUCGGAGGUGUGAAGAAAUGGACAGGAAACUCAGGUUUGUGGAAAAGGAGAUUAAAAAAGCAAACAUUCCCAUCACAGAUACUGGUGAGAAUCCAGAGGUGCCAUUUCCCAGAGACAUGAUUGAUUUAGAGAUGGCGGAUCCUGAGUUGUUGGAGGAAUCUUCGUCACUGCUGGAGCCAAGUGAAAUAGGAAGAGGAGCUCCACUGCGACUGGGAUUUGUGGCUGGUGUGAUCAACCGUGAGCGAAUCCCUACCUUUGAACGGAUGCUGUGGAGGGUGUGUCGUGGAAAUGUCUUCUUGCGUCAGGCUGAAAUUGAAAACCCAUUGGAGGACCCAGUGACGGGUGACUACGUGCACAAGUCUGUGUUCAUUAUUUUUUUCCAAGGUGACCAAUUGAAAAAUAGAGUCAAGAAGAUCUGUGAAGGAUUCCGGGCUUCUCUGUACCCCUGUCCAGAAACACCACAGGAAAGGAAAGAAAUGGCUGCAGGAGUCAACACCAGAAUUGAUGAUCUUCAGAUGGUGCUGAACCAAACAGAGGAUCAUCGACAGAGGGUCUUGCAGGCUGCUGCAAAGAAUGUCCGUGUCUGGUUCAUCAAGGUGCGCAAGAUGAAGGCCAUCUACCACACCUUGAACCUUUGCAAUAUCGAUGUGACUCAGAAAUGCCUCAUUGCUGAAGUUUGGUGUCCUGUUGCUGACCUCGAUUCCAUUCAGUUUGCCCUCAGACGUGGUACAGAGCACAGCGGAUCCACUGUCCCCUCCAUCCUGAAUAGGAUGCAGACCAACCAGACUCCACCCACAUAUAACAAGACCAACAAGUUCACUGCUGGCUUUCAAAACAUAGUAGAUGCCUAUGGCAUUGGAACAUACCGUGAAAUUAAUCCAGCUCCAUACACAAUCAUUACCUUCCCAUUUCUAUUUGCUGUGAUGUUUGGGGAUCUUGGCCAUGGAAUUAUCAUGACCCUUUUUGCUGCCUGGAUGGUGUUCCGGGAGAGCCGCAUUCUGUCACAGAAGAAUGACAAUGAGAUGUUCAACACCAUCUUCAGUGGUCGGUACAUCAUUCUCUUGAUGGGCAGUUUUUCCAUUUACACUGGCUUGAUCUAUAAUGACUGCUUCUCAAAGUCACUUGAUAUGUUUGGCUCAUCCUGGAGUGUCCGGCCAAUGUUCCAAAAAUCUAACUGGAGUGAUGACCUUCUCCGGGAAUAUCCUGUGCUUCAGCUUGAUCCUGCCAUUGAUGGUGUCUUUGGUGGGGCAUAUCCCUUUGGCAUAGAUCCAAUCUGGAAUAUUGCCACCAACAAGCUGACUUUCCUCAACUCCUUUAAAAUGAAGAUGUCUGUCAUUCUGGGCAUCAUCCACAUGCUCUUUGGGGUUACUCUCAGUCUGUUCAACCAUAUCUAUUUUAAGAAACCUCUGAACAUCUUCCUUGGGUUUAUCCCAGAAAUUAUCUUCAUGUCAUCGCUGUUUGGCUAUCUGGUCAUCCUCAUCUUCUAUAAGUGGGUGGCCUACGAUGCUAAGAACUCUAUGCAUGCACCAAGCCUUCUCAUCCACUUCAUCAACAUGUUUCUCUUCUCCUAUGAUUCCAAAGCCAAUAUGCUUUACACGGGACAGAAGGGUAUCCAGUGCUUCCUGGUAGUGGUGGCGCUGCUGUGUGUGCCAUGGAUGCUGGUUGCCAAACCUUUGGUCCUUCGUCAACAGUACCUGCGAAGAAAGCACUUGGGGACACUCAAUUUUGGUGGGAUCCGUGUAGGCAACGGGCCAACUGAAGAAGAUGCUGAGAUAAUCCAGCAUGACCAGCUCUCAACCCAUUCAGAUGAGGGAGAAGAGUUUGACUUUGGGGAUACAGUUGUCCACCAGGCAAUCCAUACGAUUGAGUUCUGCUUGGGAUGCAUCUCCAACACAGCAUCAUACCUGCGUCUCUGGGCACUCAGCCUGGCCCAUGCACAGCUCUCCGAAGUACUCUGGACCAUGGUGAUCCACGUGGGGCUCAACAUUAAGAGCUUGGCUGGCGGCUUGGCCUUGUUCUUCAUAUUUGCUGCCUUUGCCACCCUGACGGUGGCCAUCUUACUGGUCAUGGAAGGCCUCUCUGCAUUCCUGCAUGCUCUCCGCUUGCACUGGGUGGAAUUCCAGAACAAGUUCUACAUGGGUACCGGAUUCAAGUUCCUCCCUUUCUCAUUUGACAACAUUCGUGAUGGGAGGUUUGAUGAAUAAUCUGCUUGAGACCUGUUGGUUGGAAAUUUGGCAGUAAAACUUGACUCCCUCCUGCAUGCGUGUGUGUUUGCUUGUGUGAUUGUUUGAAGUGGUAUAGCUCUCCUGUUGUGGAUAUAAACUGCUAGUGUGCCCAUAACUUGCUUUUUUCAAGCAUCUCUGUGAAGAUAGGAAGAAAGAGAAGGAGUUAAGAGGAAUUGAUGCUGCAAAUACUGCACUGUAAUCUUGUCAGAUCUGCGGUGGGGCAGUAUCCCUCAGGUUACAGGAACGGAGAAAAGAGUGUAGACAAUCAUGGUGAAGUACAUCCUAAUGUGCAGUUGACCUGCUUACAGCAAACAAACAUGCUAGAAUUUCGAUUAAGUGGCAAAAAGCAAUUCAAGUUUCUAGUCCGGUGUGUUCCUUUAAACUUGCCUAGGGAAAACACUGUAUGAACCUUUUCUGGCAUCUUAAUUAAGAGGGUCUCAAUUAUUCCUCCAACUAACAUAUGCACUUGUCUCUCCUGACCUUUUGAACACGGUUCUGGAUUUCUCUUACAAGCUCAGAUCUGGGUGGUUAUAAUUUUGUGAUCCAGAAGAUCAUCGUUUGUCUGUCCAAGCAGGUUGCUUAAAGCAGUGUUUCCUACUGGCACCUCUACUGUGCCUUUGCUCAGUUAACUCACUACCAUAGAAUUGUUUCUUUAAAAACCUGCAAAAACAGUGGCCCUACAGGAGAGCCCCCACCCCUCCCAUUGUCAUGUGUUUCUGUGCACUGUGCACUGUACUCUGUGCACUGAGCAGAGUAUUAGCAGCUAUUCCCUUCAGCUUCCUUUGUUCCUGCAUUUCCAUCUUGUAAGCCAAAUGUUAUCUCCAGAUCCCCUCUCUGCCUCACACAGUGUGUGUGGGUGUGAUCCACUAGGAAACUUGGAUGGGAAGCAAAUGAUUCUUUGGGAAAGGUGACCCCAACUGGCAUAACAACUUGGCAUUGAUGAAGGCAAGCCAGGGAGGGAUGAAGCUUGCCUGUCUCAUUGUGGAGCUGACCUGUGCUUGGCUUCACAGGAUUACUUCAUAAGGAAACUUUGACUAACUCUGCCUGCAACUUUAAACAACUUGUUUUGUUUCAAGGAAACUGUAGGUCUUUCACCUCCAGGAAGCUCAUAUGUAGCUUGGACAUCCAUUACUUGAACGGUGGAGGAACCUAUUACUGCUGAGUUGUUGUUGCCAUAUUCUAUUUACCAUUGAAGGGGGGAAAAAGCUGUCCAGCACCAGCAGCUGUAUAGGAAGAGCUUCCCUUGGAAAAUAGGGAUCUCCUGAGAGUUGUGUCUGCCUUCCCUUAGUUCAGGCCUUGGCAUAGGAAAGAAGCUAGGCUUCGUAUACCUCUGUAAGCUGUAUAUUUAUGUAAUGUGUGUGUGUUGUGUAAUACAAUGUGCAGUUUUUAGAAGUGUCACACUAGGAGACUGGUGCACUUACUUCCCUUGAGCACUUACAGCAAGAACCCAGAUCUGCUGUGCUAACACUAUGGGAAAGUGCUAAUCCAUUACUUGCUCUUAGAGCUGAAGUUCCAGGUGUUGCUGCUUGUGUAUGUGUGUGAGAUACAGAACAGCCUGUCAUUGUGUUUACCUGUUAUCUAUUUGGACAGGGUAGCAUGCAGUGAAUUCCCUGCGGUCAUUAUCAGUCAAUCACUGUGUCUAUUAAAUAAGUUGGUGUAAAAACUA